UUUCUCUCUUUUUCUCUCCCUUCUCUUUCUUCCCUGUCUCUUCUUUUCUUUCUCUCCCUUGCUUGCUCUCGUUUUUCUGUCUUCUCUCUCCUUUCUCCUCUCCUCUCUCACGCACAUAUACUCAAACACAUAGUCGAAGAUUCAGAGACUUGAACAUACAGACACUAGCAAGCUCUCUCUCUCUCUCUCUCUCUCUCUCUCUCUCUCUCUCUCUCUCUCUCUCUCUCUCUCUCACACACACACACACACACACACACACACACACACACACACACACACACACACCAGGGGCACUGUCACAUACCCACCGCCUCUGUCACUUUCGAGCCCCCUCGCCUUCCGAACUGCUGCCGGAGCUGGGCUCCGUCAGUGGCAUAAGGCGCCAGAGGAGGAGAAGGAGGAGAGCCGAGAGUGGGGAGACAGCCCCGGCUCGUGCCCCGUGUCCCGUGCCCCUGCCCCUGUCCCUGCCGCUGCUGCCACCGCCUCCUCCUCCUAGUCCUCGGCAGCUCAGGGAUGCGGCCAGCUGAGCCGUCACCGCCGCUUCUUCGGCAGCCGCAGUAAUGUGGAUUUAUAGUCGCUCCUCUCUGGAGGCUGUCCAGUCCCAGGCACCGACCUCGGCACAGGCAGAGGCAUUGGCGCACCGACAGCUCCCCGGGCUGGGCAGAGGCCGGCGCCACUGAGCACCUGCCAGUGCAGCCCAAACUUGAUUUCGGACUCGGGAGGUUCAAGGAACCAGCCUCCUCAAGUGCUCCUGAAGCUUGACUCUUUCCUGAUCAAAUCCCUUUUCUGAUUUACACAGGCCUACAGGACUGCCUGUGUGCAUUAAGGUGUCCUUCUUUCUUUUCAUGACAUUGAGCUUGCUUAAUCAAAGAUGGAGCAAAUGGACUGUAAGCCCUACCAGCCUCUGUCCAAAGUCAAGCAUGAAAUGGACCUAGCUUAUACUAGCUCUUCAGAUGAGAGCGAAGAAGGACGAAAACCAGGACAACCCUACAACUCUCGAGAAACUCUGCAUGAGUAUAACCAAGAGCUACGACUCCACUGUAACAGCCAGAGCAGAAAAAGGAAGGAAGUCGAGAAAUCUCCUCAAGAGAUGGAAUUCUGUGAGACUCCCCAUAUUCUGUGCUCAGGCUACCAGACAGACAUGCACAGUGUGUCUCAGCAUGGCUACCAGUUAGAGAUGGGCUCUGAUGUGGAUACAGAGACAGAAGGUGGCACCUCUCCUGACCAUGCCUUGAGGAUGUGGAUGAGGGGAAUGAAAUCGGAACACAGUUCAUGUUUAUCAAGCCGAGCCAACUCUGCAUUGUCCUUGACUGACACAGACCAUGAAAGGAAGUCUGAUGGAGAGACUGAUAUGCCAAACAGUCCACAUAACCAGUUCACCUUCAGACCCCUCCCGCCACCGCCACCACCUCCUCAUGCGUGCACAUGUGCCAGGAAGCCACCCCCCACGGCAGACUCUCUCCAGAGGAGGUCAAUGACUACUCGAAGCCAGCCUAGUCCGGCAGCACCGACUCCCCCAACCAGUACCCAGGAUUCUGUGCAUCUGCAUAACAGCUGGGUUUUGAAUAGCAACAUACCGUUGGAGACAAGGCAUUUCCUAUUUAAACAUGGAUCUGGCUCUUCAGCUAUCUUCAGUGCUGCCAGUCAGAAUUACCCUUUAACAUCCAAUACGGUUUACUCUCCACCUCCACGGCCACUUCCUAGAAGCACAUUUUCUAGACCUGCCUUCACUUUUAACAAGCCUUACAGGUGCUGCAACUGGAAGUGCACAGCCUUGAGUGCCACUGCCAUCACUGUGACCCUGGCUCUGCUGCUGGCCUAUGUGAUUGCAGUACAUCUGUUUGGCCUGACUUGGCAAUUGCAGCCAGUUGAAGGACAGCUCUACGAAAAUGGAGUUAGCAAGGGAAACCGAGGGACUGAAUCAAUGGAUGCUACCUACCCACCAAUCGGGGGAAAGGUUUCUGAUAAAACAGAGAAAAAAGUGUUUCCAAAGGGACGAGCUAUAGACACAGGAGAAGUUGACAUUGGAGCGCAAGUCAUGCAAACCAUCCCACCUGGUUUAUUCUGGCGUUUUCAGAUCAUGAUUCACCAUCCAAUCUAUCUGAAAUUUAACAUCUCUUUAGCCAAGGACUCUUUGUUGGGAAUUUAUGGAAGAAGAAACAUUCCGCCUACCCAUACCCAGUUUGAUUUUGUAAAACUGAUGGAUGGAAAGCAGCUCCAGAAACAGGAUCCCAAGAACUCUGAGGAUAUACAGCAUAGUCCAAGGAACCUGAUCUUAACCUCCCUGCAAGAGACAGGUUUCAUCGAGUACAUGGACCAAGGGGCUUGGUACCUAGCCUUCUACAAUGAUGGAAAAAAGAUGGAGCAAGUGUUUGUAUUAACUACAGCAAUUGAAAUAAUGGAUGACUGCUCUACAAAUUGCAAUGGAAAUGGGGAGUGUAUCUCUGGCCACUGUCACUGUUUCCCAGGAUUCCUUGGCCCUGACUGCGCAAGAGAUUCGUGCCCUGUGCUAUGUGGUGGAAAUGGAGAGUACGAGAAAGGACACUGUGUCUGUCGGAAUGGAUGGAAAGGGCCAGAGUGUGAUGUUCCUGAGGAACAAUGCAUUGACCCAACAUGCUUUGGCCAUGGUACCUGCAUCAUGGGAGUUUGCAUUUGCAUGCCAGGAUACAAAGGCGAAGUCUGCGAAGAAGAGGACUGCCUGGAUCCAAUGUGUUCCAGCCAUGGCAUCUGUGUCAAAGGAGAAUGCCACUGCUCCACCGGCUGGGGAGGAGUCAACUGUGAAACUCCUCUUCCUGUAUGUCAAGAGCAAUGUUCAGGACAUGGAACUUUCCUUUUGGAUGCUGGAGUCUGCAGCUGUGAACCCAAGUGGACAGGGUCCGACUGCUCAACAGAGCUCUGCACCAUGGAUUGUGGUAGCCAUGGAGUCUGCUCCAGGGGAAUUUGCCAGUGCGAAGAAGGCUGGGUAGGACCCACCUGUGAGGAGCGUACUUGCCCUUCUCACUGUGCUGAGCAUGGGCACUGCAGAGAUGGAAAGUGUGAGUGCAGUCCAGGAUGGGAAGGAGACCACUGUACUAUUGCUCACUACUUAGAUGCUGUCCGAGAUGGUUGCCCAGGGCUGUGCUUUGGAAAUGGGAGAUGUACGCUGGAUCAGAAUGGUUGGCACUGUGUAUGUCAGGUGGGCUGGAGUGGUUCAGGAUGCAACAUUGUCAUGGAAAUGGUUUGUGGAGACAGCCUGGACAAUGAUGGAGAUGGUCUGACAGACUGUGUGGACCCUGACUGCUGCCAACAAAGCAACUGCUACAUCACCCCUCUCUGCCAGGGCUCUCCAGACCCCCUGGACCUUAUUCAGCAGAGCCAGCCCUUGCUCUCCCAGCAUCCUCCACGACUCUUCUAUGACCGAAUCAAAUUCCUCAUUGGCAAAGACAGCACGCAUGUCAUUCCUGGAGAAGCCUUAUUUGACAGCAGACGUGCCUGUGUGAUUCGAGGCCAGAUUGUGGCUGUGGAUGGAACACCUCUAGUUGGGGUGAAUGUCAGCUUCUUAGGCCACAGCGAUUAUGGAUAUACCAUCAGCCGACAAGAUGGAAGCUUUGAUCUUGUGGCCAUUGGAGGAAUUUCAGUCACAUUGGUCUUUGACCGAUCACCAUUCUUGUCUGAGAAAAGGACCCUCUGGUUGCCUUGGAACCAAUUUAUAGUAGUGGAGAAAGUAACCAUGCAGAGAGCUACUGUACCUUCUCCAUCCUGUGACAUCUCUGCCUUGAUGAGCCCAAACCCAAUUGUGCUCCCUUCUCCCCUCACAUCAUUUGGAGGGUCCUGCCCUGAGAGGGGGACUGUUGUUCCAGAGCUCCAGGUCGUCCAGGAGGAAAUCCCCAUCCCAUCCAGCUUUGUGAAGCUGAGUUACCUGAGCAGCCGAACCCCAGGCUACAAGACCCUGCUCCGAAUCCUCCUGACCCACUCGGCUAUCCCCAUGGGGAUGAUCAGGGUGCACCUCAUGGUGACCGUGGAAGGCCGUCUGCUGCAGAAGUGGUUUCCUGCUGCAAUCAAUCUUGUCUACACAUUUGCCUGGAACAAAACUGACAUCUAUGGGCAGAAGGUUUUGGGCCUGGCAGAGGCAGUAGUAUCAGUGGGAUACGAGUAUGAAACAUGUCCCGACAUUAUUCUCUGGGAGAAAAGGACAGUCGUUCUACAAGGGUUUGAGAUGGAUGCUUCGAAUCUCGGAGGCUGGUCCUUGAAUAAGCAUCAUAUUUUGAAUCCCCAAAGUGGAAUUGUGCAUAAAGGGAAUGGAGAAAACAUGUUCAUUUCCCAGCAGCCUCCAGUCAUCUCAACCAUCAUGGGAAAUGGGCACCAGAGAAGCGUUGCCUGCACCAGCUGCAACGGCCUGGCCCACAACAAUAAACUUUUCGCUCCAGUUGCCUUAGCAUCUGGCCCCGAUGGCAGUGUUUAUAUUGGGGACUUCAACUUUGUAAGGAGGAUAUUUCCAUCAGGAAAUUCCAUUAGUAUUUUGGAAUUAAGAAACAGAGAUACCAGACACAGCACAAGUCCAGCUCACAAAUACUAUCUGGCUGUGGAUCCUGUGUCUGAAGCCCUUUACCUAUCAGACACAAAUACGAGAAGAGUCUACAGGUUGAGAUCUCUUGGAGAAACCAAAGAUCUGGCGAAGAAUUUUGACAUAGUGGCAGGAACAGGUGAUCAGUGCCUUCCCUUUGACCAGAGUCAUUGUGGAGAUGGAGGGAGAGCAUCCGAAGCUUCACUCAACAGCCCCAGAGGUAUCACAGUUGAUAGGAAUGGUUUCAUUUACUUUGUGGAUGGGACCAUGAUUCGGAAAAUUGAUCAGAAUGCUGUGAUCACCACCGUGAUUGGCUCAAACGGACUGACAUCCACACAGCCAUUGAGCUGUGACUCAGGAAUGGACAUCACUCAGGUACGAUUGGAGUGGCCGACAGACCUUGCAGUCAACCCCAUGGACAACUCAUUGUACAUCUUGGAUAACAACAUUGUCUUGCAAAUUUCUGAGAACAGACGAGUCCGCAUUGUUGCUGGUCGGCCCAUCCACUGUCAGGUGCCAGGGAUAGAUCAUUUCUUAGUCAGCAAGGUGGCAAUCCAUUCAACUCUGGAAUCCGCCAGGGCCAUCAGCGUCUCUCACAGUGGAAUCCUAUACAUCGCUGAAACAGACGAGAGGAAAGUGAACCGCAUCCAACAAGUCACAACCAAUGGCGAAAUCUCUCUGGUUGCUGGAGCCCCCACAGACUGUGACUGCAAAAUUGAUCCCAACUGUGACUGUUUUUCAGGUGAUGGUGGCUACGCCAAAGAUGCAAAACUCAAAGCCCCGUCUUCAUUAGCAGUUUCCCCUGAUGGCACUCUCUAUGUGGCUGACCUGGGAAAUAUCCGCAUCCGGGCUAUAAACAAGAACAAAGCUCACCUGAGUGACAUGAACCUGUAUGAGAUUGCCUCCCCAGCUGACCAAGAACUCUAUCAGUUCACCGUCAAUGGGACUCACCUGUACACACUAAACCUGAUCACCAGGGACUAUGUAUACAAUUUUACCUACAACAGCGAUGGAGACUUAGGAGCAAUUAUUAGCAGCAACGGGAACUCUGUUCACAUUCGACGGGAUGCUGGUGGGAUACCUCUGUGGCUAAUGGUGCCUGGGGGUCAGAUGUACUGGCUAACAAUAAGCAGCAAUGGUGUCUUAAAAAGAGUAUCGGCCCAAGGUUAUAACUUAGCCUUGAUGACCUAUCCUGGAAACACCGGCCUUCUGGCAACCAAAAGUAAUGAAAACGGAUGGACAACUGUUUAUGAGUAUGACCUUGAGGGCCAUCUGACCAAUGUCACCUUUCCUACUGGGGAGGUCAGCAACUUCCACAGUGACCUGGAAAAACUGACCAAAGUGGAGCUGGACACUUCCAACCGAGAAAACGUCAUCACAGCAACCAACUUCACAGCCACUAGCACCAUAUAUGUUCUAAAACAUGACAAUACCCAGAGCACCUAUCGAGUGAGCCCAGAUGGGUCCCUCCGGGUCACCUUUGCAAGCGGCAUGGAGAUCAGUCUCAACACUGAGCCACAUAUUCUCGCUGGAGCAGUCAACCCCACCUUGGGCAAGUGUAAUAUUUCCCUGCCGGGAGAGCACAAUUCUAACGUCAUUGAGUGGCGGCAGCGGAAGGAGCAAACCAAAGGCAACAUGUCAGCAUUUGAAAGGAGGCUAAGGGCCCACAACAGAAACCUGCUCUCCAUAGAUUUCGAUCACAUAACUCGCACAGGAAAAAUCUAUGAUGAUCAUCGGAAAUUCACCCUCCGGAUUCUCUAUGACCAGGCUGGUCGCCCAGUUUUGUGGUCUCCCAUCAGCAGAUAUAAUGAGGUGAACAUCACCUAUUCACACUCGGGACUAGUAACUUAUAUUCAAAGAGGAACAUGGACUGAGAAAAUGGAAUAUGACCAGGGUGGAAAGAUCAUUUCACGAACCUGGGCUGAUGGGAAAAUAUGGAGCUAUACUUACUUAGAGAAGUCCGUGAUGCUCCUUUUACAUAGCCAGCGACGUUAUAUCUUUGAAUAUGACCAAUCGGACUGCCUCCUUUCAGUCACCAUGCCCAGCAUGGUGCGCCACAGCUUACAAACCAUGCUCUCAGUGGGUUACUACAGGAAUAUCUAUACUCCUCCGGACAGUAGCACUUCUUUUAUCCAGGACUUUACCAGAGAUGGAAGACUCCUGCAGACACUUCAUCUUGGAACAGGGCGAAGAGUUCUCUACAAGUAUACUAAGCAGUCCAGACUGUCUGAGAUUCUCUAUGAUACCACUCAAGUCACAUUUACUUAUGAAGAAUCUUCGGGAGUGAUUAAGACAAUACAUCUGAUGCACGAUGGAUUCAUUUGUACAAUCAGAUACCGACAAACAGGUCCUCUUAUAGGACGUCAGAUUUUCAGAUUCAGUGAAGAAGGCCUCGUGAAUGCACGAUUUGACUAUAGUUAUAACAACUUUCGGGUCACCAGCAUGCAAGCUGUGAUAAAUGAGACUCCUUUGCCGAUAGAUCUGUACCGCUAUGUUGACGUUUCUGGGAGGACGGAGCAGUUUGGAAAAUUCAGUGUAAUCAAUUAUGACUUAAACCAAGUCAUAACCACUACGGUCAUGAAACACACCAAGAUCUUCAGCGCCAAUGGACAGGUGAUUGAAGUGCAGUAUGAAAUCCUGAAGGCAAUUGCCUACUGGAUGACCAUUCAAUAUGAUAACAUGGGCCGCAUGGUGAUAUGUGACAUAAGAGUGGGAGUAGAAGCCAAUAUAACAAGGUACUUUUAUGAAUACGAUGCUGAUGGUCAGCUUCAAACUGUCUCUGUGAAUGACAAAACCCAGUGGCGUUACAGUUAUGACCUGAACGGGAACAUCAACCUCUUAAGCCAUGGGAAUACUGCUCGCCUGACACCCCUCAGAUAUGACCUGCGAGACCGCAUCACUAGGCUAGGAGAAAUUCAGUAUAAGAUGGAUGAAGAUGGCCUUCUGCGCCAGAGGGGAAAUGAUAUAUUUGAGUAUAAUUCCAAUGGCCUACUACACAAGGCCUACAACAAGGCUUCUGGCUGGGCUGUACAAUACUACUAUGACGGACUUGGGCGACGCGUUGCCAGUAAAUCCAGUCUAGGACAGCACCUCCAGUUCUUUUAUGCAGAUCUUGGCAAUCCCAUUAGAGUUACCCAUCUCUACAAUCACACAAGCUCAGAGAUUACCUCACUGUACUAUGAUCUUCAAGGCCACCUCAUUGCAAUGGAGCUAAGCAGCGGGGAAGAAUACUAUGUGGCCUGUGACAAUACAGGAACCCCCCUGGCUGUGUUCAGUAGUCGAGGACAGGUGAUAAAAGAGAUACUGUACACACCCUAUGGUGAUAUCUAUCAAGACACUUAUCCAGACUUCCAAGUCGUCAUCGGAUUUCAUGGAGGACUCUAUGAUUCCCUCACAAAGUUAGUCCACUUAGGACAAAGAGACUACGACGUUGUUGCUGGACGUUGGACAACACCUAAUCACCAUAUAUGGAAGCAUCUGAACACUCUUCCCAAACCAUUCAACCUCUACUCAUUCGAAAAUAACUAUCCCGUUGGCAGAAUACAAGACGUUACUAAGUACACCACAGAUAUUGGAAGUUGGUUGGAGCUGUUUGGUUUCCAGUUACACAAUGUGUUGCCUGGAUUUCCAAAACCAGAAAUAGAAAGCGUGGAUUUAACCUAUGAGCUUCUGCAGCUUCAGACAAAAACUCAAGAGUGGGAUCCUGGAAAGACUAUCCUGGGCAUUCAGUGUGAGUUGAAAAAACAGCUUAGAAAUUUCAUUUCCUUGGACCAACUUCCUAUGGCUCCCAGAUACAGUGACAGGAGGUGUCUGGAAGGAGGAAAACACCCCAGGUUUGCUGCUAUUCCAUCCGUAUUUGGAAAAGGUAUAAAGUUUGCCAUCAAGGAGGGCAUGGUGACUGCUGACAUUAUAGGAGUGGCCAAUGAGGAUAGCCGUCGCAUUGCUGCCAUCCUCAACAAUGCUCAUUACCUGGAAAACCUGCACUUUACCAUCGAUGGACGGGAUACUCACUACUUCAUUAAACUCGGCUCUCUGGAGGAAGACUUGGCUCUCAUAGGUAACACGGGAGGGAGGCGGAUCUUAGAGAAUGGUGUCAAUGUUACUGUGUCCCAGAUGACUUCUGUGAUGAAUGGGAGGACCAGACGCUUUGCAGAUAUACAGCUCCAACAUGGUACUCUGUGCUUUAAUAUUAGGUAUGGAACCACUGUAGAAGAGGAAAAGAACCAUGUGUUAGAAAUGGCCAGACAGCGAGCUGUUGCUCAGGCCUGGACUAAGGAACAGAGGAGGUUGCAAGAAGGGGAGGAGGGGAUCAGGGCCUGGACAGAGGGAGAGAAGCAACAGCUCCUGAGCACUGGGAGGGUACAAGGCUAUGAUGGUUAUUUUGUCUUGUCUGUUGAGCAGUAUCUAGAACUUUCUGACAGUGCCAACAACAUUCACUUUAUGAGACAGAGCGAAAUAGGCAGGAGGUAACAAAAAAAAUCUCUGCCUUUGCGUCACCAAAGACUGCCUGUUUUUCAAACACAAAAUGGUUUAUUGUAUUGGUUUUCUAGAUCAGAACUCUGUAUGUGUAAAUAUGGAGGAAAAACAUAUCUAACUGCCUUUCAAUGUGACAGAAGAUGGUAUUUUAAUAUUGUUUCUUUCAAUUCUUUAAGAAAUGACAGAAAAGAUUUUUAGUUCUUGUGUGGUAGUAUUCAAAAUCCCACAAGUACAGCUCAAACAACGAAAAAGACCGAGUUUUCGGAAGACACCACUCUCAGUCUGUCGUGUUGGGUGUGUGUUGAAGUAAACAGAAAGAACCCAAGGUUCUAUCUAUCUCUCAUGACAUCUUUAACUAUCAACCUAACUUGAAGACUAUUGAAAAGCUUUCUCUAAAGUCUUUGCACUUCUAAAGACUGCCAGCCAUUUCACAUUUUACAGAGCUGUUUUAGAAAACUUUCAAAUCAGUAAGAAAAUGCACUCAGUGGCCAUCUCUCUGAGAACAUUUCCCUUUACUCCCUGGAAGUAAAUGCUAUGUUGUACUGAGUGCUGUCUGACACUUCCCUUUCUGUGGGCUUGGUCCUUGUGUCUAUAUGCUAUCGAGCAACUGGCCAACUCACUCUUUCCAAAACAGUCUGUUUGGAUUAAAGUUCUCACCAGACUGACCAGAUGUAUUGGCAUGACAUAAACACAGUCUUUCUUCACUUAUUAUUAACCUGCCUAGGAAAUCUCUCAUUUCUAUAUUGGGUUUGGUCAUGGCAUCACACCCGAGGAUGCAGAGUUUCUACUGCACUCACUCCAUUUGCCAAAAGACUGACUGGGUGGGAAUUUGAAACAUCUGCAGUGAGGCGUCAGAACUUCUUAGGAAGAACACAUGAGAACUAACACCUGAAAGCUAGACAUGGUGCUUCCUUAACCUACACGAACUGCCAUCGAUGGUGUACCUACUCUACCAGAGGCAUUAUUAACAAGCCAAACUCCCAAGAGGCACCAGGCAUCAUAAUGGCUGGCAUGAUGUGCUCCCACUUCCACAUUUAUCUUCCAAGUUUUGCAGCUAUUUAUUGAACAUUUCCCAGCCACAUUAAUGCCAGAGGACUAAGUGAACUCAGGAGCCUCUCCAGCCCCAAUAUUUCAACUAAGUGGUGGGGUGGGCAGAUUUUUAGUCACAAAGCAUUCAUCUCCCAUAGGUUUAGCUUAUUGUUGCGCUCUGCCUUCUUAUCUAAUCAUCUCCCCUGCCGAGGAGAAUGGCCCUUUUCUAAGAAGGGUUUUGGCUAACUUUGGACUUGGAAAUACUGAGUCAGGAUUCCUGUUGAGAUCGGCCAUACUCUUCCUAUCGCUCCUGCUUGAAAAGAAAGCCCCUGGUGAGCUCUGGGUGCUUUGUGCCCAGUGGAUAGACAAAUGGCCUGGAAAUGCUAGAUAAAGAGGCUGUAACUGCGAGGACAGAGCUGGUACUCUGUGUCCCCCAAGCCAACCUGAGAGCUUUCAAAAGUGCAGAGCGUUCAGGGUGCGUAUAGCGGCAGUUUGGAGUCUUUGCAACUGCUACCCACCUGCCCCAGGUGGUUCUUGACCUCCUUCUUUCAAAAACAUCUUAACCUAGAUUACGCAGUCACAUUAAGGUUUUUGAGAAGAGCUGAACCAAUGAAGGCAAGGGUUCACCAACAGGAGAGAGAGGCUGCGUUCAAACAUUUCAUUUCCAAAGACUUGGGCUUGGCAUUGAUCACCAUUCCAGUCUUACACGGGUUUUCAAAAUGAGAGAGUUCUCGCUCUCUCAUCUAUGUCUGUUUGGAAGCUCACAAGCUUGCCAAACUGUUAAUCCAGACUGAUGUUAAUGGCACGGCAUUUCUUCAGGAUGGAAGGAACACUAUCAUUUCUGACCAACCAACUUGUUGACCGUUUGAAUACUUCCACACCAGCCUAAAAAUGCACCUUCAGGUUGUAGACAAACACAAAAUAAUUUAGGAACUCUUAUAGCAAGUGCAUUCAGAAAACGUGAUGUAUGUUAUCACUGAUCCAAAUGUCAAGAUUCGAUUCCAUUUUAUUUCUAUUUUAAGCAAUUAUUCUACUGUUUUGCAACUCACCGAUGUCUCCAUGAGAAACAAAUAUUGUGAUCUUUUACUUAAUAGGAAUUACCUUGAACUGUGCAUUUCUAGUUUGUAAUACAUAUUUAGUGAGCUUGUGCCUUUCGUUUCUUAAAGUUAUAUUUGUAUUAUAAUCGGGAAAUGCACUUUCUAUUAACUUGCAGCUAUGGUUUUCAUACUGCCUUGAAAUACCGCUUUUCUCUUUAUUACCCCCAAAAGGUUAGCAUCCAUGGUUAGUAGUAAUUCUAAGAGAUAUUUGGGGACAUUUCUAAAUGAGACCAUGGAGAUCUAGUUAACGUAUAUAGCUCCUAUUCAGUGGAAAAGGCAGAGAAUGCCUUCCUUCACUGAACAUUCCUCUGCAAUUUGAAAGAGUUCAAUUGCAUUUCCUGAUUCAGAAAGUGUGGAAGCAUUACACAAAUUAAUUACUCAUGACACAUGGGAGGCGGAAGCUACAAAGCCAAGCACAAGUCAACUAAGCUACUGAGAGACACUGUAUCUGCACUCUUCCACUUGGAAGAAACCAAGCCGAUAUGGAGGCAGGGAAUAAAUACUUUGUCUCCAUGCUAAUUUUUGCCAGCCAGGCCAAUUUUAUUUUGCCUUUCAAAUCUUUUUUUUGCACUAAACAUUUUUAGAGAUCCAAAUGAGCAUCAAAGUGCAACUUUUAAGAGGCAUCUCGAUAGUUAUUUUUAUGUUGCCAAUCUAAUGACUAUGGAUUAGCAGCAGAAUGACUCCUACCAAAAAUGGGACGAAAACUUCUAAUAUACACACUACCUUAAAGAAAAACAUCCCCAUGCUAAAAGAGAUAAAUAUCUUCUUUUAACCCUUCCACAAAACAAUAUGUAAAAUAACUUUACUGCCAAUUUUUGAAGAGAUCUAGACUAUAUAUAAAUAUAUAUAUAUAUAUUCACUAUAUAAAAAUAUAUAACCUACACAACAUAGACAAGUGUACAAAAACUUGACAGUGCAUAACUUGGUGUGCUAACUGCUUAGAUGGACAGUUAUAAAACUUACUCAUUUCUUAAAAUGCCUUCUCUUUUUAUCAUUAUUCAUAUACUUUUCCAGCAUUUCAUUAUAUGCAUUCUAUGCUGCUUUAAAAAAAAAAAAAACAUUUUCCUGGCCACCCCAGGCCCUCACU